AUGGAGAACAAUAAUCAAGAGGAGGAGGAGGAGGUUCAAACGGACUACGUGAAAGACUAUAAUAUUGAUAAUGACAAUAGUCAAGAGAUAAAUAUUGAAGAAGUAGAUAUUGAGGAAGAGCCAGCUAUUUGUACUAUACUCAAACUAAAAUCAACAAAGGAGUACUCGGCCAUGCCUUAUGUUUGCACUCUCUUCAAUUGUAGCCUCUGGUUACUGUAUGGAAUGCCUUUUGUGAAGCCUCAUAGCACCUUAAUACUCACUGUCAAUGGGACUGGCUUUAUCUUGGAACUCUGUUAUCUCAUCAUCUUUCUCGCAUUUGCUUCAAAAAAGAUCAAGGUGAAAACACUGAAGAUUAUAGUUUCAAUGAUCAUGGCAUAUAUUACUUUAGCAGUGGUUGUUAUUACAGUCCUGCACCAAUAUACUGCAAGGCAGCUUUUGGCAGGCACUGUUGGUGGUCUUUUGUCUAUAGUAAUGUAUGCUUCACCUUUGUCUGUCAUGGGACUUGUGAUUAGAACAAAGAGUGUUGAGUACAUGCCUUUCCUCCUCUCAGUAUUUAACCUCCUGAAUGCUGCUGUUUGGGCUUCAUUCUCUUUGCUCACAAAGGACAUAUUCCUUGGUGUACCCAAUGGUGUUGGCUGCCUUCUGGCAACUGUUCAGGUUACAGUGUAUGCAAUGUACAGAAACUCAAAGCAACAACAUAUAAAUACAAAAAAAAGAGAACCCAGUUGUUCAGCUCACAGUUUGAUGAAAUAA